UUUGUCAGGUCAAGAUGGAACAUUGCAGUCUUUUUCAACAGUGCAUGACAAGUUCAAUAAAAGUUUAGGACGUGGUUCAAUUAACAAAAAGAAAUCAAAAAAGAAAGGUCUUAAGCUUGAUACGAUGGCACUUCCACCAGUUACAGUCUUUGCUUCAGAAGUGGCACAUCAGAGUGACUGGGACGGUAUUGUUGCCUGCCAUCAAGGGUAUAUAACCUGUACAACCUGGAACUAUCAGAAAACUUCCAUGGGAGCUCAUAAACUGAGGCCAGAAGAAUUCAGCAAACACAAACCUAUUGAUAUAUAUGCAACAGCAGUUGACAUUACUUCAUGUGGAAACUUUGCUGUAAUCGGGCUGUCCACUGGACAGGUAGAUGUGUAUAACAUGCAAUCUGGCAUUCACAGGGGGCGUUACGGUAAAGAAAGAGCACAUGAGGGGGCCAUUAGGGGAGUAGCAGUGGAUGGAUUAAACCAACUGAUAAUCACAGCUGGUAGUGAAGGAUUAAUUAAAUUUUGGAAAUUUAAAACUAAAGAUCUAGUCUACUCCACUGAGCUUUCUUCUUCUCCAAGUGGAAUUCUGCUUCACAGAGACAGCAGUAUUCUGGGAAUUACCUUUGAUGACUUCAGUAUUAAUAUUCUGGAUAUAGAAACCAGGAAGAUUGUCAGGAUCUUCUCAGGACACCAUGGACGGAUUAAUGACAUGACUUUCAGUCCUGAUGGUCGUUGGCUAAUAACUUCAGCAAUGGACUGUACCAUUAAGACAUGGGAUCUUCCCUCUGGAUGCCUCAUAGAUUGUUUUUUGGUAGAUUCUGCAGCUGUGAGCCUUACUAUGUCUCCUACGGGAGAUUUUCUAGCUUCAGCACACGUGGAUGAUCUUGGAAUUUAUUUGUGGUCAAACCGCUCUCUGUAUUCACUUGUCUCUUUACGGCCCCUUCCAGCAGAUUAUGAACCUUCUGUGGUGCCACUCCCUAGCACCUGCCCUAUGCAAGAUGUGGAUGUGGUGGGAGAUGAAGAAACAUGUGAUGAAAUGACAGAGUAUGUCUCACCUGAGCAAUUGGGAGAGCAGCUGGUGACCCUUUCCUCAUUGCCAGAAUCAAGGUGGAAAAAUCUUCUCAGUCUUGAUGUUAUCAAGAAAAAAAACAAACCAAAAGAGCCACCGAAAGUUCCCAAGUCAGCACCUUUCUUCAUCCCGACAGUUCCUGGUCUUAUACCCCGAUACAUUGCUCCAGAGGAAGAAAAUGAUAAACAGUCAAAAGUAGUAAACCUUGGAGUACUGGCACAGAAAUCUGAUUUCUACAUUCAUCUUGAAGAAGCGCUGAGCACUAAUGAAUAUAUGGCUCCGCUUAACUUACUGAAAAGCUUGGGACCAUCUAAUAUUGAGAUAGAACUAAGAAGUUUGGCCCCUGAAGGUGGUGGCUCAAGGGAAGUGAUGCUAAGCUUUUUGAGAAUGAUUGGGAUGAUGCUGAACAAGAAGUACAACUUUGAACUUGCUCAGGCUUACCUUGCAUUAUUUUUAAAGUUGCAUCUUAAGAUUCUGUCAUCAGAGCCAAACCUAUUGGAAGAAGUAUCCAGAUUGUCAACGCAACUUGAGGAAACUUGGAUUCAUUUGCGGACUCUCUUCAGUCAGAGUCUGUGUGUGUUAACAUACAUGAAAAGUGCUUUGCUGUAAAAUACUUCAGGGUUUUGUCUGCCUAAAAUUUCCCUUGGAAUAAUAGUACAAUUUAUUAGCAAAAAAAUAGAUUCAAAGAAUCGUACUGGGACUUUUGAUGCUAUAUUUUGUACAUCUGUGUA